GCGCAGUGACGACUUUGCCGACGAGCGCGUAAAAAGCCUAAAUAAAUUAAAUAAAAAAUUGUAAAUUUAAAUGCAAAUUACCACCGCAAGUGCCUUAACAUAUAUAUCGUAUCGUAUUGUAUCUUUAGUAUUAUUCCCUCGAAUUUACUGCCCUGAGAAACACGAGAUACAAAACGCAAAAAAAAAGCGAAAGCCAAAACAAGUCGCAAGCAGCCGCUCAUCGAAUGCGGAAGUGUGAGCGAAUGCCGGCGGCUUUCGAUAAUAAUUUAAUUUGCAAUUAACGCAAAGGAUUCGCAAAACAAAUAACAACAAAAUAAAAUGCUAAACGAUUGCCAUUGUUGAGUAUUGUGCAAACAAAGGGGUAACAAAAGAGUGGAAGAAAGUGAUCGAGUGCCUUCAUUUGCAUAUCCUUGCAAAUUAUUGAAAUUAUUAAAAUCGCAACAACAAAAAAAGUAAUUGAAUAAUAAGAGAACGUGCAGCAAUGCCUGCUGUCGAUGUUCCCAGUGCCAUGUCAAGCUAAAGUAUUCAAUAAUAAUCCCCGAAAAUUGAUUAAUCACUGUUGUGCCUUGAACUGAUCGUCGUGACUCGUGAGUCAGAGAGCAAAUAAUAAAAGUACGCAAAUUGCCGGUUUCAAUAUUUAUCUCUGCCUAUCAAUAAAAAAUAUAUCAUAUAUUUCUCUCCGUGUAAUCGGUGGGAGCCUGUGGUAUCUUCUGUGGCCUCUGUAGAGGCUUUUCCCCUCAACCCUUCAUGAGAUAAACGCCGCUUAAAUGCAUACGGAUAUCAUAAUUGGUGAUCAAUUUGCCGCCAACAAUAAUUACUGGGUGAUGCAGUCCCCGGAGCUGGACUAUCGGCACGAGCUGAUGGGACGUCUGCAUAAAAUCGAGCCCGCUGAUGUUGAGCUGGAGGUUCUGGCAGCCGCUGCUGCUGCAGCCAACAACAACAACAACUCCAGCAGCAAUAACAACAACAAUAGCAGCAACAGCAGCAGCAACAACAGCAACGGCAGCCAGACACCCACCAGCAACAAUAACAACAACAACAGCCUAACAGCCAGCCAUCAACAGCAUCAGUUCCACCAUCACCUGCACCACCAUCACUCGCAUUCGCAUCAGCAUCACCACCAGCACCACCACCUGCACCAACAGCAGCAGCACCACCAUGCCCACAGCCUGCAGAGCGGCGAAAGUGGAGGAACUGCCGCAGCAACGGCGGUAGAGCCAUGGCAUCCGCAUCCCCAUUACCCCGGCGACCAGCAGCAGCAGCUUCAGCCUGCCGGCUCACCCAACUCCAACUCAAACUCUGCGUACGGCUGCGCUCCGCUUUACGAUGGAGCGCCCUACGAAGUGGCUCUGGCCUAUGGAGCGGCCAGUGGAGCCACGACUGCCGGAAGCAGUGACAAGGAGUAUCUGUAUGAAACCAAAAACAAAGAGGCUGCUCUGUAUGCCGAUCCGCUGGACGAUCCCUAUCAGCGACCGGUGCUCUGGGAUGAUAUUACUACCUCAAUCCAAAAUAUUGAUCCCGAGAAUGCUCUCAUGCUGAGCAGUCACAGUGGGAAUAACAACAACAACAAUAACAAUAAUGGCAGUAGCAGCAAUAACAGCAGCAACAGUGGCAGUGGCAGCAACAACAACAACAACGACACUGCAACAUCGCAACUGCCGCAGGUCAAGAUGGAGGCAAUCGAUGAGAGUCUCCUGGAGACUUUUUCCACACCAUUGCUCAGUCCCCUGGAGAUCAAGACCGAGAAACAGCAGCGACAUCAGCAGCAGCAACAGCAACAGCAGCAGCAGCAACACCAGCAGCAGCAAUACCAGCAACAGCAGCAGCAACACUAUCAGCAACAUUAUCAACAGCAGCAGCAGCAGCACUUGUACCAGCAUCAUCCCAGCCUGGCGCUGUCCGGCCUGCCACCCGCCGUUGAGGUGGUGGAGUUGCAGCUACACCAACAGCAGCAGCAGCAGCAACAGCAACAGCAGCAUCUGCAGCACAGUGGCAGCAGCAGCCCCAAGCUGGCGGUAACGACCCCCGGCGACAGUGGCAGCAGCAACACCUCCUCCUCCUAUCAGCAACAGUACGCAUCUCAAUUGGUCGGCGGAACCAGCGGCGGCGGCUAUCUCAACGGUAGCAGCAGCAACUCCUACGGCUACAGCUGGCACAGCAGUCAGACCUUCCACACCAAAUACCAAAUACACCCGCCAUCAGUUGCCGCCGCGGUGGCAGCCACCGCCACUGCCACGCCCACAGCUCAAAUUGGUGCUCAACAGCAAACGCAGCAGCAGCAACAGCAGCACGCGCAGCAUCAACAGCUGCAACAGCUGUGCCCUCCGGCGGCGCCUAGCACCCCCUCGGCCUCGCUGUCCUCCUCGUCAGUCUCCUCCUCGUCGCUCUCCUCCUCCUCCGCCAGUCGCCACAUGUUUGUGCCACCUCUAACGCCGCCCAGCUCGGAUCCUGGUAGUCCAGGAUCCUCAAUGGUGGCCGCAGCCGCUGCAGCAGCAGCCCAACGACGCACCACCCCACCGCCGCCAUAUCAACAAGGUCAUGUUUUGGGUGGACUGUGUCCCAGUUUGGUCAAUCACUCGCCCACGCUUCAGCUGUUGGGAGGAGGAGGAGCAGCAGGAGGAGUUGGUGUCACGGGGAGUGGCAGCUCUACGCUCACCACUCUGACGCCCGCCAGUGCCAUUGCUGCAGUGCAGCAGCAGCAACAACAGCAACAGCAGCUACAAACCCAGCAAUCGCAGCAACAGCAGCAGCCACCACCCCCCACCCCUCGCACGUCAGGAGGCGGAAGGCGUGGCCGGCACUCGCAUCAUCAGCCGGGAACGGCAGCUCACAUAGCCAGCCUGAUGAGCGUUCGCACAGUGCGCUACAAUCGCCGGAACAAUCCCGAGCUGGAGAAGCGACGCAUUCACCAUUGUGAUUUUGUUGGCUGCUCCAAGGUGUACACAAAGAGCUCCCAUCUAAAGGCCCAUCAAAGGAUCCACACGGGUGAAAAACCGUACACCUGCCAGUGGCCCGAGUGCGAAUGGCGCUUCGCCCGAUCGGAUGAACUGACGCGUCACUACAGGAAGCACACCGGAGCCAAGCCCUUCAAGUGCAUCGUCUGCGAGCGGAGCUUUGCGCGAAGCGAUCACCUGGCGCUUCAUAUGAAGCGGCAUUUGCCGAAGAACAACAAAUGAGGGCGGGCCCCCCAGGGGGAGGGAGCAGCUACAAAAUCAACAGCAACCACUACAACCACAAUCCAAAGGACUUUAGCAUAGAUAAAAUGAAUUCGUUUAGUUAAAAAAAGGUUAACUACUACAUGGUACACCCACAAAAACCACUACUUUCUAGACACGCAGCUAACCAGUGUAAGGAUAUAGCCACCAUAAUACCCUAUAUACAUAUAUCCAGCAACUCAAUUAACUCAAAAAGUAGGCUAAGUAAAUGAAAUUACCACCUGCUUGACGGACAUCCUACUCUAGCAACUAACACCGCCUAACCUAGUAUAUAUAAACCUAUAUAAAUCUUAGCUCGUUCCGCACCAGAAGAUCCAGACGAAAG